AGCGAAGAACAGUGAGCGUGCAGAGGGUGUCCAGCUUGUUUGGUGUAAACUAACGGUAAUAUUUAUUUAUUCGUCUAUAAACGGGAACAGCUGCACAUGUUAGCCCCACUAAACGAGAGCAAGGAUGGCGCCUAAAAGGGAAAAAAGUGCAUCAAGAAAAGCAGGCGGUAAGGGGAAAGGUAAAGGCAAGAAGAGUCAGCCAACUUCAGCUAAGGAAAAGCCGGAUCACCCCGAUGAUAUCUACCCCAUUGUCCUGACAACAGCCACCCAGGAGCGCUUUGAGUGCUGUGUUAAUGAGGAUGUCACAGAGGAGAGGCCUUACAAGCUGCUGAAAAAGGACGAGAUCAUACAGGACAUUAAGAUGAGAGCCGCAGUGUCCGAUUUCAGCCCAGUGAAGCAGAUUGUGCUGGACUACAUAGAGGAGGAAAUGUUGCUGGUUUUUGACAUAAAGUUCACCUAUGGACAGAGUUUUUACCUGGUUCUGACACCAGAAGCGAAGGCCAGAAUAUAUAAACCUCCACAGCCUGAAAUAAUAGAAGUGUUUGAAGAUGAUCUCAGUAAAACCCCAGAACCGAAACCAUGGAUAUCUCUUGGCAGUGAGCUCGAAAUAGAUGAAGAGUCUGUCAAGGAGACCAGAGAAAAGCUGUGCUCCAAGUUCUCAAAAGUGCGGAGGACGUUUGGGGCACCAGUCUGUUUUUCUGACCGCAGCGCUGCAGAUGCUAAGGAUAGCCUCCUGCGGUUUGCUUCCUAUCAAGACAGCAGAUUCAGCAUCAAGCUGAUGCAGAGGGACUGCAGGACACAGGCUGUUCCCAGGCUGCAGAACAGCAGUGCUCAGACUCAGUGUAAGUUUCACAGGGAUGUGUUUACCCAGUAUGAGCCAAGAGAUUUAAGUGAGGAAGAAAUAGAAAGCAUCCUCAGUUCUGAGAAUCUGAAGACAUUUUGCAACUCAGUCAUCCCCAGGGUCCUGCAUGCCCUUCAGCAGGAAAUCAUUAUGAACAUCUUCACUGAUGACUUUAAGGUUUUGGGCACAGGAGGUGAAGCUGCUGACAGGUUGGUGAAGGUUUCCGAAGGUUUGGUGCUUCAUCAGGCCUUCACAGACCAGAAACACACCAAGGGCAAGAAAAUUAGCAGCGUUAACUGGCACCCUACAAUCCCCGGUCUCAUAGCUGUGGCUUUGACAAAGAAAAGGGAGAAGCAGUUGGAUGAGUCCACUACACACAUCAUCAGUCCUGCUUUCAUUGUCUUCUAUAGUUUCUCUGAUCCAGCUAAUCCCCAGUUGCUCUUGGAGUGCCCAGAUGACAUUGCUGCCUUUGAGUUCUGCCCCUCUAAUCCAGAUAUUAUUGUUGGUGGCUGCAUGAAUGGCCAGGUGGUGUUAUGGGACAUUUCUGUUCGCAUCCUGCUCUUACAGGGAACGCAGCCUAACAAUAAGCAGGGCUCUGGCAACACUGACACAUUUGACCUCGAUGACAUCAAAGAGAACAAGACUCCUGUUUUGCGCUACUGUGCCGUUUCUGCCGUAGAAAGCAGCCACAAAUCCCCAGUUACUGAUGUCCAGUGGCUGCCGAGAACAUUUGAGGUGACCAGGACAGGCUUACCAGUCGAGAACAAGUGUAACAUCUCUGUUCAGGUUGUCACCUGCUCCCCUGACUGCACCGUCAUGUUCUGGGAUCUGCGAGUGCCGAAACUGCAGAGCCAGCCGCUGGCUGACAGGAAGCAGAAUGUGGAUCAGAAGACCCCAACGACAGCCUACAGCGUCCCCGAAACGUUCAAACACCUGCACCGGACAUGGAAACCGCUUUUCAGGGUUUCCCUGCCAAAGAUCGAUACAAGUGGAGAGUAUGCUCCUUUGAAGUUCAGCCUAGAACAUUACACCUGUAAUGGUAAUACAGGUAGGAACACAGAUAGUGAAGGUGAUGGUAAUGCGGUCAUCCCGGACUACAGUCAACUCAGAAUACCCUCAGCCAAAACACUCAGCACCCUGGAAGAUGUCAAUACCAAGUUUUAUAUCGGAACAGAGGAUGGAGAGGUCGUUUACACUGACUGGAAACUGGAGAAAGACGAGUCUGGACGGCUGUUCAGCGGCAAGCCCCUCCUCUGUUUCGGUACUCAUCACUGGUCGGUGAACACAAUACAGAGAUCGCCAUUUUUCAAAGACGUUGUUUUGACAACAGGAGGCUGGAACUUUGCCAUUUGGAAAGAGGAUGUCAUGGAUGGCCCCAUCUUUGUGACACCAAGCUCUGAGCAAGAGUGCACUGUGGGAUGCUGGUCCCUCUCCCGACCUGCUGUUUUCUUCAUUGGGAAAGCGGAUGGGAGUAUUGAGAUGUGGAACCUGCUCCUAAACACCAGCGAACCUACACAAGUCUAUGCACACAUCACCAAUACCAAAAUUACUUGCAUCAAACCCUGGAUCACCUCCCCCAAGCAGCACUACCUGGCUGUCACUGACAACCUUGGAAUGCUCCGUGUUCUCAAUAUUCCAAAGACCCUUUACUCUCCCUCCACAAAUGAGGAUUUAAAAGUGCAGAAAUACUUUGAACGAGAGAAAGACAGGCUGAAGGACUUUUUGGAGAGGGGUGAACUGUGGGCGAAACAGAAAAAGGAGGCAGAGGAGAAGAAGAAAGUGGAAUCUGACAAGCCAGUCAAAUUCCAGGAAGACAGUGAGGAGGAAAACAUGAAGGCAUACAAUGAGUACCUGAUACUCGAAGAAAACACCUUGAAGGUCAUGGGCCUGUGGCCACAUGCUGCAAACACUCAAGAUACCUAAUAUCACACAAAUUCACACACAAAUGCAUAAAUUAAAUUCCUCUGUUUUAUUUAUUUAUUUUUUUUACUGAUUGAGGUAAUUGAAUAUUUAUAUGAAGUACAUUUUGUAUGAAGAACAUGUAACCAUAUGGAAAUCUCUUCAACACAGUGCCAGUGUUUGUAUGUUUGCUGCUGUUUUCACAGUACUUGUUGUAACUUAAGGUUUUAUGUUAAAAAAAAAAAAAGAAGAAGAAAAAGAAAAGAAAAAAAAACUGUUAACAUUUAGAUUGAUUUUACAGUUUGCAUUCAGCCAGACCUUGGGGUUGAAGCUUCAGGGUCAACAGAUUAUUUUCAUCCACUCAUCUAAGAUCUAGUUACUGGGUAAUGCCAUCCAUUAGUGCCCUCUUUACCACCACUCCCCUGAGGAUACAAUUGGGAUCUGACCUUGACAGAAAGUCAUUAUAAGGCUCUUUAAUUUCAGUAAGUGUCUUUAGAAUGUAAAUUCAUUUAGUAUCACAUAUCUUGUUGUG